AUGUCUUUGACUCCACCACCCACAACGAAAUCGACGGCAGCUUCCACGGGCAUUUUGCGGGUUUGUGGUCCCGACGCCAACGGUAUUGUCGCCGCCUUUGCCCAACUCCUCUAUGGACAUGGCUGUGGCAUUAUCGAUUCCGAAAAUCACGCCGAUCACGAAGCCAUUCUCUUUUUUGAACGCAUCCAUUUUGAUUACAGUCAAAUGAAGACGGAUCGUCAUACCCUUCAAAAUGGCAUUGAAGAAGUCUGCCAACGAUUUUCCAUGCAAGCACCACAACUCGAUUGGGGGGACAAGCGCAAGAAACUAUGUGUCAUGGUCAGCAAGUACGAUCACUGUCUGUGGGAAUUGCUACUCCGUCAUCGAGCGGGGGAGUUGAAUUGUGAGAUUGCCUUGAUCCUGAGCAAUCAUCCCGAUUUGAAGGAGAUUGCCGAUUCUUUUGGAAUUCCAUUUCAUGUUUUCAAAGUCACCAAAGAUACCAAAGCAGAAGUGGAAGCACAAGAGUUGGCACUACUCAAGGAACACGAGAUUGAUCUCGUCGUGCUGGCACGCUACAUGCAGAUCAUUACUGAUCAAUUCUGUGAGGCAUAUCCUGUCAUUAAUAUACAUCACUCCUUCUUGCCCGCCUUUAUUGGAGGAAAACCGUACCAUCGAGCUCAUGCCCGUGGUGUCAAACUGAUUGGAGCCACAGCGCACUAUGCCACGGCGGAUCUCGAUGAAGGACCCAUUAUCGAGCAGGACAUUGCGCGGAUUUCGCACCGAGAUGAAGUCAACGACUUGAUUCGCAAGGGUCGACUCCUGGAAAAGAGUACAUUGGUGACAGCCGUCAAGGCACACAUCGAGGAUCGGAUCAUUGUGUACAACAACAAGUGUGUCGUCUUUGAUGGAUAG